AUGCUGAAUGCUGAAGUCGAAACCCUCGCAGCCAGCAGCCGCCGCCGCCCGCCCGCCAGCAGAGAGGCAAAACCGGAAACCCAAAUAUGCUCUGCUGUGUCCCCGUCGGCGUGGUCCGUCGCCAUCUCGUCAUCCCCCGAGGCCCGAGCCCAACGCAACGCCCCGACCCGACCCCGUGUCCCGACGCCCCCUGUUCCAAUCUCGACUCUCGACUCUCUGCGACUCUACCUCCGUCCAUCUCUCCCAUCGCCAGUCCGCCAAGCCACUCGUCGGCCGCCGCCUCCUGACGGCCUCUCCCUGCUCCCGCCGACACCCGACAGCCACCCAGCUCCCACCGACAGCACCACUCACUCGUCUCCUUGA